UCUCCUAUAAAUGAACCCCUUUGGCUUUUAGAAGAUACAAUCGCAUCACAAGGCUUCACUUCUUUUUAGAAUUAAAGCAAUUGCGCAAGUCUACAGUCUGCAGAGGAAUGGAAGAGGGGAAGCUAGCGAUGGGAUCUAUUAAGUCGAAGGCGAUUAUGGUUUUCUUGGUCAUAACACUUCUGACGAUUUCUCCGAUACUGACGGCCUUUGCUAAAGAGCAACCGAACAUCAGUAAAAGGGAGUGGUGCAUGAUUGCAUGCGAAAUGAGUUGUUAUCCGAAAACCAGCCCGGACCAGCCUUGUAUGCAAGAAUGCAUGAAGCGCUGCAUGGGACAUUCGCUGGCCAUCAACUACUGCAACCUUGGUUGCGUGAUUACUUCAUGUCUCAAGCCAAAUUUCGAUAUGAAGAGCAUGGAAGGCUGUGCCAGUUUGUGUCCGAAGGACUGCAAGGCAUCUUAAGUAACAUGUGCAAUGAAUUAUAAAUGAUCGAGGAUUUCAUUUUGCUGUUGUGUUAAAUCCAUAUGUAUGAAUAAAAAAAAAAAAGGAGAAGAAACUCGCAUAGUUACAAAAGAAUGGGUUGGAGGAGUUAGCCAGCUAUUUACCCAUAUUAUAAUGUAUGUCAAAAAUAUAUCGACCUUUAUAGAUGAUACCAUCAAGCACAAUCCAUUUCCAUGAAAUUCUUACAAUAUGAACAUGUAAGACAAAUACGAGGUGGUGAUUUGGGUAUGCCUGAUUCCGAGU